UUUUAUUGUUGUUCGCUUCUGAUAAACUGUGAUCUUUAAAAAACUGAACAGUAUUGCGCGCCGAUCGCUCGACAAAUUCCUCAAGAUUGUUUUAUUACCAGAGGAGAUCUCCUCUCUGGCAUAAUCAUCAUAUAGACGGAUUCAUGUGUAAAUUAAAACGCAUAACAAAACCGAAAACGAAAACUCAAACGAUACAAAUACACAAAACGAAACGAUACGAAACGCACGAGAGACCCCGCUAGGCGGCAGUGGAACGCGCAUAUUUGUUUUUAAUGCCGUAUCUCAUAAUUAGCACAAUCUCAGAUCGGAAUGCAUUAGUGGCGGCGCCAGAAGCAGAAGCAGAAACAGAGUCCGAACCCGAACCAGCACUAUCAAACAAUAUCAUUCUCGAUUCGGCGGUGGCCAUGUGGUAUAACAAUGAAAAUACGUAAUGAACAAUCUUUUGCGGCAAUACUGCAAGACGUUUUAGAUCCCCAUGGAACUCGCAUCGAUGUUGGAGAGGCAAUUGGAAAGGCAGUGCCCCACAAUUAUGACGGCCUCCACAAUCUGGGGGAGUUACAACAGAACUUAAGACAAUGCGACUAUUAUAGUACGUGGUCGUCUCGUUUGAUUGACAACAGCAAACUAAUUCGGAUCAUUUGGGAUUUUUGUUUUCCCAGUUCGCGACCGCGACCUCAAUAUAGACAAAUACAAACAGAAGAAAAUCAAGCGGUAGAUCGAGUGACUCGCCGAUAUAGACAGAGAAACUCUUUGAUUACAUAUCCAUUACACAAAUUAGCACAAUUAUGCCUAGUCAUUGUUUUGCUGUUGCCAUUCCUAAUCACAUCAACUACAUUGGUCCAGCAAGCCAGCGGCCAAAGCAUUUCAAAUCCAAUGUCAAAUGUAAAUUCAAACGCAAACCCAAUAGCCAACACGACUCAACAACCUCAACUAAGUCAUCAACAGCAACACCAUCGAACACCAAAAAGUACACAAAUCCAAACCGGCUAUGGAUAUGCUUUUGCAUACUCGCUUAACGCACAAAGCCCAAAUCACAUCCCACUUAGUGACACCAACACCAACACCAGCAACAACAACACCAAUAUUUCCAUACAGUUUAUCAACAAAAACUAUAGCAUUAAUAACAAAACUAAAUCAAACACAACUACAAAUAUAUAUACAAAUACAAAUUACGAAUCUGAAAGUAGAAAGCCCAUUUCUAAUCUUCGUUCAAACGAAUAUAGUCUGAUAAUUCUAAGUCAAGCAGCUAAUAGAAUAAGUUUACCAAACACAACCCCGAACUCAACAGUUACAAAAACAGAAAGCAGUAAUACCAGUACCAACACCAGUACCCACACAGAUGAUGAUGAUGUAUUACAUCAUUUUGUAAAUGGCAUCGGUGGUUUGAACUCUCAGUAUUUGUCUGGAAAUGCCAUUCGAAGCAAAAGAGAUAUUUACUCACAUAGGAGAAGACAGGAGCAGGUCGAUCCCAAUGCUAAUGCCGAUAGCCAAAUGAUGGUAGAGGCUUUUGAGAGCUUUAAAACGAACAAAAACCGACAGCGUCCCAACAGAAGUAUUGAUAAGGAAAAGCUUACAAAAUUGGUAAUGUCCGGACUUGGACUGAAAAAAUUGCCGGACAUGCGAAAGGCCAACAUAAGUCAAGUAGAAUAUACUAGCAAAUAUUUAGAAUAUUUACAACGACUCCAAAGCAUUGAGGAGCGGCGGGGGAAGUGGCCAGACCACUUAACAGUGCCCGCGACCGGAACUCUGCACAUCUUCAGCAUUGCUUCAAAUAGCUUCAGCGACAUAACUGAUAAGCGAUGGCGCCACAAACGUGCCGCCCGGGCGAUGGCCACAAACAAACAAAACCAAACAAAAAAAAAGAAAAAUACAAACCUAAACUCAAACAACAAUGACGCACGUGAUAAAACAAAUAUCCUGUUGCACUUUCCACUGGGCGUCAAUGACGCACAUUUUCACUCUGACAGUAUUGAUGAGGCUAAUGUUAGACUAAUGCUAUUAUUCAGUUCGUCGCUCUCGACCCAGCGUUGGGGCACCAAAAAGAAGAUGCACAAUCAGCGAUAUGGAAAUGGGUCAGGCAGGAAGAAGAACUGUGGCGUCGGCGUUGAUGAGGCAACAUUAUCGACGCAACAGCUGUUCGAAAGAGGCCUCGAUCGUCGAAAAAAGGCUCGCAUUCAUAUUCUGAAUUUAAAAGUUUAUCAGCUAUUGUCGUCAAAUAAGCGGGAACUGUUGGAUGCACGCAAGCUAGAAUUUGAGAACCCAGGUGAGGCCGAUGAAACGCGCACCCAGUGGCUGGAGUUCGAUGUGACCAAAGCGGUGAGACGCUGGCUAAGCAAGAGCCACCAGAACUUGGGUAUAGAGAUUCAGUGCGACAAAUGCAGGCGGGUGGGAGCUCGCAUCCUCAGCGACGUUUCUGCAAGUUCAGAUAACAUAGAUGAGGAUGACGAUCGGUUCCAUCUGAGACCUGUUCUCAAUAUUAUCGGACAUUUGGGUCACACCCAUCGAGAGGGUGGUGUCCAUCAUCCGAAUACAUCUGGCAAUCAGACAAGCAAUUAUUAUCACCAUCGUUCGGAUCACAACAGACUUAAGCCCAAUAAUUGCUACAAGGCUCACCAGCGUUGCUGCAGACACCAAUUGGACGUGGCCUUUAAGGAUAUAGCAGGCUUUGAAUUUAUCAUACAACCGAAAAUGUUCGAUGCUGGUUACUGUCAGGGCCGUUGUCCCCCACGCCAUAAUCCUGCUCAUCAUCAUGCUCUUCUACAGAGCCUGAUAUGGCAGAAGGACCAUAGUCGCGUUCCGCGGCCCUGCUGUGCUCCCUCAAAGCUCGUAGAGCUCGAGGUUCUGCAUCUAGACGAGGAGCACAGCGAUCAACUGAAAAUUUCAACGUGGAGCGACAUGCAAGUUGUAGAGUGCGCCUGCUCCUGAAGUCUGUCACUUAAAUUGGAUGCUAUUCUAUAAUAUGUAUUUAUUACUAAAUUAUUUAUUCUAUGUAUCCGCAUUGUACAAUCUAUAAUAUGUAACAGGAAUAUAUUUACCAGUCUAAGAAACAUUUUUUCGUAUACCUUUACCUACAUUUUAAAAACGCUUCUUUUGUAAUGAAUUUCUAACUUAUUAGGGAAGAAUAAAACAAUCGAUAUUAAUGUUUAAA